AUGCAGUCGUCUAUAUCAAGCUGGCUGAAGAAGCCAGAAGCUGCCAACCCGAAUGAGCUUCCGUUGAAGUCGCCCACACUGGCGCCACCGACUGCCAAAAGGCCUCCCCCUCCUCCAAAGUCGACCUCAGCACCCCCACGCGUCCUGUCCUCAAGCACACCUGCACCCAAAGCCAAAGCCAUGGACAACUGGAAUGACAUACCCGACGACUUCUUGCAAGCUCCAUCGCGGCCGAGAUCCAAGAAGAGCCCCCGCUCGUCCAAUGCGGUCACGCCACUUGCUACUUCACGAGUCCCUACACCCGUCACGCUUCCUAGCCCACAGCCCGCCAUAACACAACUAUUCGCUCUUCGUCCGUUACCGUCGAAUGUCGAAAUCGCACCGCUCACUGUUGAGCACCUCCCCGACUACAAGCGCCUAAAUGCCCUGACGCUACCCGUCGCAUACCCCGAGAGCUUCUACAAAGAAACCAUGACUGAGCCCAAUCUGAGCAUCACAAUGGUCGCACUCUGGCACUCAUCGCUUUCACAGGCUAGUGGUAGUCAUGUGGCAACUGAACCACCGCGUCUCGUUGGCGCUAUUCGCUGCCGUCUGCUGCCUUCCUCGCAGCUCUACAUCUCCACAAUUGGAAUCCUCGCACCCUAUCGGUCGCACGGCAUCGCCAUGCACCUGCUGCAAGCCGUCGUGAGAAAAGCUGUCGAUCUACACAGCGUCAGAUGUGUCACGGCGCAUGUUUGGGAGGCAAACGACGAUGGCUUGGACUGGUACAAGAAGAGGAAUUUUGAGAUCCUUGACAAAGAGGAAGCGUACUACAGGAAGCUGAAGCCGCAAGGUGCCCACCUGGUCAGGAAAUGGAUUGGUGUGGGCGACUUGUUGGGCGGCAAUAUCGCAUGA